AUGAUCAUCAGCACUUACUUUGUGAAUGUCCAGGACAAAACACUCGUGUUGGGGAUCCGCAAAGAUGGUGCGGUCGAGAUCGUCGAAGGCCAGACCUACGAAAAGGACAACCAGAAGCAGUUGUGGAACGCGCAUUAUACAAGUGAAGAGCCCCGUCAGUGCACGCUCCAGAACAGCGACAGUGGACAUUACUUGGGGGCAGACUCAAGCAUGAAACCCAUCAUGAACACCAAAGUGUAUUGGUGGAAUGUCAGCGAAGCAGGCAUAAACGUCGGAUUCCAAGUCCCCGGCGGACUUGGUAGCUAUACCGUGGAACUUGAAGAUGAUAAAUCAGUUGCGUGGCCCAUUGGCUGUGAUGCUGCACUGUUCCUGACGCUUGUUGCAGGUCAAACUCGCUAA